UUAGAUUUACGAAAGAAUUUGCUAAUUUUUGAAUGUGGCCCAGUUUCAGACACAUCUAAGCCCAAUAAAGAUUGAAUUGGUGGCGUAGUAAAAAAAAAAUCUUCAUCGUCAUCGUCAAGCUGAAAACUGAAGCAAUCUCACAACUAAAUCCUCUCCCCGAUAAAUUUCGAAAGAGAUCAGUCUGUGAAUUUCUCGGGAAUCAAUGGCGGAUUCCCUGAGAUUCCAACGCCGGAGAGCAGACUACGCGCACUUGCUUCCCUCAUUCCUACUGUCUCACCGCGCUCUCCUCUCCCUCUCCUGGUUGCUCGGAUUUGUCCUCAUCGUAGCAUGGCAGAGGAACGUCGUGGAUAGGAUGUUCGUCUACCGUCGCUGGCCUCCGUCUCAUCGGCCUAUCCCCGUGCUCCGUUCUCCGGCAUUCAACCUCUCCGAUUUCGGAGCUGUGGGCGACGGCGUCACUGUGAACACAGAAGCGUUCGAGAAGGCGGUUUCCGAGAUCCGGGAACGCGGUGGGGGGCAGCUCAAUGUCCAGCCUGGUCGUUGGCUCACCGCGCCUUUCAAUCUCACCAGCCACAUGACUCUCUUCCUCAGUGAAAAUGCGGAAAUACUUGGAAUUGAUGACGAGCGAUAUUGGCCAUUGAUGCCUCCUUUGCCUUCUUAUGGACAUGGAAGAGAACGUCCUGGACCACGGUAUGGAAGUUUAAUCCAUGGUCAAAAUCUAACGGAUGUUGUUAUUACAGGAAACAAUGGAACCAUCAAUGGACAAGGCCAAACGUGGUGGGAAAAGCACCGUAAAAAGUUGCUGAACUUUACUAGAGGCCCUCUUCUGCAAAUCAUGUGGUCUAAAGAUAUACAUAUCUCUAAUGUUACCUUUCGCAAUUCACCAUUCUGGAACCUUCACCCUUAUGACUGUCAGAAUAUUACAAUUAAAAGUGUGACGAUAUUGGCUCCAUUGUCGGGAGCCCCUAACACUGAUGGAAUAGAUCCCGAUUCCUGCUUGAAUAUGGUUAUAGAGGAUUGCUAUAUAAGUGUUGGAGAUGAUGGAGUUGCAAUUAAGAGUGGGUGGGAUCAGUAUGGAAUUGCUUACUCUCAGCCUUCCACGAACAUCACAAUUCGUAAUGUCAUUGUGCGCUCAAUGAUAAGUGCUGGAGUAUCAAUUGGCAGUGAAAUGUCUGGUGGAGUAUCAAAUGUAACAGUGGAUAAUCUCCUGGUGUGGAACUCAAAGAGAGGCAUUCGGAUCAAAACAAGUCAAGGAAGAGGUGGAUACAUCCAAAAUAUAACCUACCGCAACCUGACCUUAGCCAAUGUCCGUGUGGGCAUAGUGCUUAAGACUGAUUACAAUGAGCACCCGGAUGAAGGGUAUGACCCAAAAGCUCUUCCAAGUAUUAAAAACAUAAGCUUUAUCGGAAUCAGUGGAUGGGGAGUUCGUAUCCCAGUACGUAUCUAUGGGAGCCCUGAGAUUCCUGUGCAGAAUGUCACUUUCCAGAACAUGUCCGUUGGGAUAACAUAUAAAAAGAAGCAUAUCUUCCAGUGUUCUUUCGUCCAAGGGCGUGUGAUUGGUAAAGUUUUCCCUACUCCAUGUGAGAAUCUUGACUUAUAUGAUGAGGAGGGACAUCUGCUUAGGCAAUCAAAGCCUAUGAAUAGCCCCGAUACAGAUUAUGAUACAUGAUUUUCUAAUACCGCCUCUCUCCAAAAAAGAGUCAUGCUUCAAAUGUUUUUUUUGGUCCCAAAACAAAGAGUCUAAAUUGAUCAAACAUACCAAAUUUUUCUGAAAAAAUAGUCAAAAGAAUACACACAAGCUACUUUACAUAUGAUAAUUUUAGUUAAACCAACAAAUGUUUUUUUUUCUAAAUAUGAUUCAUGAUUUUUAGCUUACCAGAAUUUUUAGGAAAAAUUCAUGCCAAUACUCCUAGGGAUUAGAGAUUUUACAAGAAUACUCCAAGAUUACAUGGAUCCCACAUUUUUGAGUUGUACCUGAUGGUAAUUAAGCAUUACCAGUUUCCUUUUAAAAUCUCAAAUUUUCCGGAGUAUUAACAUGAGUUGUUCUGAUUUGAAAUCCCAUGACUCUUUUUUUGUGGUGGUGGUGGUGGUGGUUUUGGUGGUACUGGUGGAGGAGUAGUAUAUGGGGCUUGAUCUGUUGAAGAAGAAUAAUAUUGUGCUUGUAGCCUGUGGGCAUUCCGAAGUUGGCCCAUGGCAAAACAUAUCACUGGUCGUUUGGGCUGAACUGCUUGAGUUGCAGUUAUUUGACACAAGAAUCUUUAGACACUCAUGGCUCUCUGGUUAAGAUCCAGUAAAUCAAAUCCUCUGCCCUAAAAACCUGUCCUAGUAACUGCACCAAAUGUGAUCAGAAAUUACAACCAGUUUCUUACACACAAUGACCUGGUACCCAAAGUGAGGCCCUUGUUUGGGGACAAAAGGAUCCAAUCCAUUGUCUUGAAGAGUGACCGGCUGUUCAAAUUUUUCCGGCAUGGCAGCGUGGGCCCCUUUUCCCACCCUUUUCCAGCGGAGUCUGUUCUCGGUACUGAUGAGAGAUAAUGUUAACUGGUUUGUCCGAAUUCAAAUCGGGAGGUGUGUGAGGCGAAGACCAUUGUGAUUUAUGACAGAGAUUGAAGAUUGUGACCUUAAACAGCAUGUACAGGUCAGUCUUAAAUUUCUACUACUACAUGAUUUAUAAUUCUCCUUAUUUGUGCUUAAGAUCUCAGCUUACAUAAAUGUGUAUAACUCAA